AUGCAGGAGGUAGAGGUUCAACAGGUACUAGAGGCACAAGAGGUGGUAGAGGCUCAAGAGGUGGUAGAGGCAGAUUUGGAAGUACAGUGCAGUGCUGCUGCUGGUGCAUCAUCAUCAACAAAUGCAGGAGGUAGAGGUUCAACAGGUACUAGAGGCACAAGAGGUGGUAGAGGAUCAAGAGGUGGUAGAGGCAGAUUUGGCAGUACAGUGCAGUCGGGAAUAUCAGCUUUGAGAAAACAGUCUUGUAGAGGAAAAAAUUGGCCAUAUAAAUUGUAUAGAAUAAAGUAUUUCUAUAGUGCUGCUGCUGGUGCAUCAUCAUCAACAAAUGCAGGAGGUAGAGGUUCAACAGGUACUAGAGGCACAAGAGGUGGUAGAGGAUCAAGAGGUGGUAGAGGCAGAUUUGGCAGUACAGUGCAGGUGCAACAAACACUAUCACAGAGCAUUGCAGGUGUUGGUGGUAUGAGUCAAACACUAACUCAAACUUUCAUAGUGCCAAAAGUUACAGUUCCUGCUGCUGCUACUCAAUAA